AUGGAAGCUGAGCCUGAGCACGAUCCACUGGCAAAGAUGAAGGCCGUGCUCAGCUACUGGGAGUCGGUGACCAAAGACGACCGCACGCUGAGCAAGUUCGAUGUUGGCUUCUUGGAGCACAAAAUAUUGUCCUGGUCCAUCCAAGACGUCUUCAACAAGGACCUCCUUAAGCAGCAGGUCCACAGGAUUCCUGAUACCUUCAUGUCAUUGCAUGCUUACUUGGACUCAUUUAAGGGCCCUCUCAUUGAAGAAGUACAUUAUGAUGUCUUUUCGUCAUUGAACGGUUAUGGUCAUGCAAACUUUAUAGAGAUAAUCCGACUGGAGAAGCUUAGUGAUGAGAAAUCAAUAUUCUGUUUUGAGGUUUCCAUGCCGUUCAAGGACGAAAAGUCAAGGGAGAUUUAUGUCCCCAAACAUGGGGAUAUAAUAGUUGUGUCCUCGCAGAAACCAAAGCAUGUGUCUGAUCUGACAAAGAAUAGAGCAUCGUACAAUUUAGGUUCGGUUCUAAAAUCUGGAGAUGAAGAAGACAGUGAUUUUCCACCAAAUUGCUGUAUUGUUCGGUUUCGAUCAGCUAUUCAUGUGGAAGUAGAUCCUGAAACAAGCAUGCCUACAGGGCCAUGUUUUGCCGUCUUUCUCAUAAAUAUCAAGACAUACGAUCACAUAUGGAAGUGCCUUCACUUGGGAGCAAAUGAUCAUAAGUUUGCAGCACUUCAGGGCAGAGGGGCUAAUACAGCUAUUGUCAAUCUGGUGUGGCAGUACAAGAAACAGGCAGCUGAAGAUGGUACCUUGUCAUCCCCCCAGCUCUCUCAAUGCCUCACUCGUAAAUCAGUUGAUGACCUUGGCCUUGAGAAGUUCAACCUAAAUGAUUCACAGCUGAAUGCAGUAGCUGACUGUGUCUCAUCAGCAAUAGAGAACCGGUCGCCUUCCCUAAAACUAAUAUGGGGACCCCCUGGGACAGGCAAAACAAAAACCAUCAGUACUAUCCUCUGGGCAAUGCUCAUGAAGGGCUUAAGGACACUUACCUGUGCCCCUACUAACACUGCUGUGUUGGAAAUUGCAUCUCGAAUUGUCAGGCUUGUUGAGCAGUCUUCAGAUGGCAGUGUCUGCUUUCUCAAUGACAUUGUCCUGUUUGGAAACAAAGAAAAGAUGAAAAUACGUCAUGAGGAUGAUCUUUCCAUGGUAUUCUUGGACUCUCGCGCUGAACGGUUGCUGCCAUGUUUCAUGCCAUGCACAGGCUGGAUGCAUUGUUUGCGCUCGCUAAUAGAUCAUCUUGAGAAUCCUAUUACCAGUUACAGGCUGCACGUUGAGAAAAUACUUGAAGAUGAAAGGAAAAAGGAGAGCGCUAAGCAAAAUACAUGUGAAGAUGGAAUUCGUAAAGCACGUGAUGUGGGUGACAACUCUGCGAGGGCUUCUUGCGUUUCGCUAUCAGAGCCCUCUGCAAAGGAUGGGCACAAGCCUAUCCAGGGUGAAGCACCCCCACGUUAUCCUUUGCGUUCAAACCCCAACUCCAAAGAUCAUCUUCUCGCACCCCUCUCGGUGUUCCACAAGACCAUCUUCUCGCACCCCUUUGCGUUCAAACCCCAUAACAGUCGUGAAGACGAGGACAAUAAAGGAGGAUGCCACGGUUCUGGAGCAAUGGAGGGUACAUUCAAAAUACUGCCAUUCGAAGAUUAUUUCAAAGAUUAUUUCAACAAGGCGACAAAGAAGUUAAGAGAGUACAUUGAGAUAAUGUACAAUGAUCAUCCACGAAAUCCAGAAACAGGACACAGCUUUCAGUGCAUGCUGGAGGUGCUUGAAUUGAUUGAAAUUCUUCAGAAACUGAUAAAUUAUAAAAAUAAUGAUGUAUGGUCAGAUGAAUUUCAUGAUUGCAAGAUAGAAGAUGACGGUAACCCUAUUUUGUGGUCUGAGCAGCUAGCCUGUGUGCGGAGUAACACUAGCAAAAAGUACAAAUUCAAGCUAGCUAGAUCCUUGUGUGUGCAAGAAUUAAGAUAUCUUCAGAAAAAUUUGGAGCUUCCUGAUUAUUACAGCAUGCGAUCAAUUCGGGUUUACUUGCUGCAGAGAACAAAAUGCAUUCUCUGUACAGUUUCUAGUUCUUUCAGGUUGUACAAUGUGCCCUUGGGCAAUUCUUCUACAGAUGUUUGCAGUUUGCUCAAAAAGCCUGAAACAUUCAACCUUUUGGACAUGCUGAUUGUGGAUGAGGCUGCACAGCUCAAAGAGUGUGAGACCUUAAUUCCUUUGCAGCUGCCUGGCAUAAGGCAGGCUGUGUUCAUUGGAGAUGAAUAUCAACUACCUGCUCUGGUGAAAAGCAAAAUAUCUGAUAGUGCAAACUUUGGACGAAGUGUUUUCGAAAGGUUAAGUUUGCUAGGCCAUGAGAAGCACCUUCUGAAUGUUCAAUACAGGAUGCAUCCAGAAAUAAGCAAGUUUCCAGUUGCGACAUUUUACGAUGGCAAGAUAUCUGACGGUCCCAAUGUCACUAGUAAGAGCUAUGAUAGGAUGUUUUUGGCGAGCAAAAUAUUUGGACCCUAUUCCUUUAUUAAUGUAGAUGGGGGACAUGAAACAACUGAGAAGCAUGGCCAGAGCCUUAAAAACACAGUAGAAGUUGCUGCAGUAGUGCGGAUAGUCCAGAGAUUGUUCAAAGAGUCAGUGUCGGCACGUAGCAAGCUCUCUGUUGGUGUUGUGUCCCCAUAUAAUGCUCAAGUUAGAGCUAUCCAUGAAAAAGUGGGGAAAUCCUAUAACACAUAUGAUGGUUUCUCCGUGAAAGUGAAAUCAGUGGAUGGUUUCCAAGGCGCGGAGGAAGAUAUCAUUAUCAUAUCCACAGUGAGGAGCAAUGGAGCUGGUUCUGUUGGGUUUCUUACAAACCUGCAGAGGACCAAUGUGGCUUUGACAAGGGCUAAGCAUUGUUUAUGGAUAGUAGGAAAUGGAACGACCUUGUCCAACAGCAAGUCUGUUUGGCAGAAAAUAGUGAAGGAUGCACGUGAUCGAGGUUGCUACUUCGAAGCCAGUGACGACAAGGAUCUGUCAAAUGCAGUAGUCAAGGCCAUCAUUGAGCUUGAUGAUGCCGAGAAUUUAGUGAAAAUGGACUCGCUGCAUAUAAGCAGGCCGAGGUCUCAGUUUCAGAAAUCAGGGCCUAAGUACCUUUCAUGA